UGUCGCGCUCUGUGUGUUCAGCACUUCACUGUGAAAUACACCUAAUACUAUUAUCGCUUAAUGUAUCGAUUCAUGCAAUAGUUCUGUUUUCUGGUAGAUCAGUGAUUUGUGUUAUCCGUUCGAGUUCUGUAUUUUAUGUGCCGGUUUAAACAGAUAUAAUUUCACUAAAUAUAACUUCUAAAUAAUUAUAUUUGGAAACAAUGUCGUAUCAAUAUCAUCAAAUAGCCAGCUUACUGGAAAAAAUGACUUCUAGUGACAAGGAUUUUCGUUUUAUGGCAACAAAUGAUUUAAUGACGGAAUUGCAAAAGGAUAGCAUUAAGCUCGAUGAUGAAUCUGAAAAAAAGGUUGUACGUAUGAUAUUACGUCUAUUGGAAGAUAAAAAUGGCGAAGUACAAAAUUUGGCGGUAAAGUGCUUAGGGCCUUUGGUAAACAAAGUAAAGGAGGGCCAAGUUGAAACUAUUGUGGAUUCCCUUUGCUUAAAUAUGAUAUCGAACGUGGAACAACUUCGCGAUAUAUCCAGCAUUGGUUUGAAAACAGUUAUUUUGGAACUUCCGCAGGCAUCAAAUUCUUUAGCGCCUAAUGUUUGCAGGAGAAUAACCGGAAAGCUUAACAGUGCUAUAGAAAAGGAAGACGUUUCCGUAAAACUUGAAGCACUGGAUAUACUCACCGACUUGCUUUCGCGAUUUGGAUUGUUUUUAAUCCCUUUUCACAAUCAGAUUUUAAAAGCUUUGAUUCCUSAACUAGAAUCACCUCGACAGGCCGUAAGAAAACGUUCAAUUAUCGCACUUUCACAUCUUCUUGCAUUGGCAGAUGAUAGCAUCUAUGAUGACGUCAUAGUUCGUCUUUUGAAAGGUUURGAAAACAACUCAAACUCUGGUGCCGUACGAACAUACAUCCAAUGUUUAGCAUCGAUUUGUCGACAAUCUGGUCCUCGUUUAUGCAGCCAUGUGAACACAGCCAUAAAACAUUUAGAAAGAUACAGUCAGUGUGAUGACGAUGAAGUUCACGAAUUUUGCCUCCAGGCGUUUGAAGCUUUUGUUUACAGGUGCCAAGACGCCGUAGCUCCCCACGUGUCUAUG